AUGACGCGAAAACGCGUGCGCUCCGGCACCGCGCGGCUAGCAGCGGCAGCGGCAGGAAGUAUGCUGUCGAAGCGACGGUAGAGGGGGGAGAGCCAAGAACCAAAAGUCGGUGGUAGAAGAGGAGGAGGAAAAAUAAAUAAUCAUGCCUAAUCCGUGAAAGCCGCACAUUUUGCAUCUCCACGCCGUGCAUCGUUCACGCCGUGGACGCAAAGGCCGAUUGAGGGGUAAGUGUGGAGCGGUAAAACGGCAGAAAAACGAGGUUUUUCAUCAAAGGGGGCCGCGGUGUGUUUGUCGAGAUCUUUGUGUAGCUCCGGGCUAGCCUCGGGUUGCUAGGCUAGCUGGAAUGCUAAUCUGCGGGGAGGCUUUUGGUCUGCUUCGCGUGAAAAAAAUACAAAGGAGUUUUACUAACCCGUGAAUAUUUGCGUUUGUUGUGUUUGUGUGAUUUGUUUACAGUAUUGUUGUUGUGAACUUCCGUUUUAGCCGUUUCGAUCAUCGCGGGGGGGGUUGCUAACUAGCACAGGUGCUAAUGCUAGUUUUAGCUCGGCCAUGUAUCCGUCCGUCUUUUUGCACAUUUAUUGCAAUUUAGAUGAAAGCCUCCAAACAACGUGGGGACUUUUUGUUUGUAAUCACACGUUAUAUUCGUUUUUCAGGAGAGCUCACUGGCUGUAUGUGUUUGCUAGCGGGCUACAGGCUUGUUUGUGGGGCUGAAAAGGAGCUAGCCUGUUAGCAUGGGGAAAAUGGCUUGCUGCUCGAAAGCCAUUUUCCGAUGGAGAUGGGGUCUCAGUGAAAGUGGGCUGACUGUAGGUGUUGUCUCCGCUCUGCUGGGAGCAUCAUGUCGGAUUUAAACUGCAAACUCGGCAUGUUUUUCACGGCUGCUCUUCUACCGAUGCCCCGCCACCCGUCCGGCCGGGCUCGAGUGUCUCUCUCCCGGGUAAAUCGGGGAGUCGGCUCGAAGGAAAUGUCGGCGGUGGGUCGGCGGUGAAAUGCCGCUUUUGUCCCUAUAAAUUCAUGCUGGGGCUGAACCCGAGCGAGAGGAGACGGGCCAAGGUCAGGGAGCUGUGUUGCGGCUGCAGAGGCUGUUAGAGACUCAGACCUCUGUGUGAUGAUGGAAAUGAAGAGAAGAAGCAGAAAAAGAGUUUAAUGUCGGGGGUUAAAACACCGCAUGUGUGGGAAUAGACCCGAGUAAUUUGUGAACGAAGGGACCAGGUUUGAAUCCAGGCUACCUGAGCCCGCUUCAGGACCACACACGGAGAAACGCACCGACUGUUUGUGGAUAAAGCGCAGUUUAAUGAAUCAGGCACGUUUUGGAGCGCAGACUCGGUUUGUUUACAUUAUCUGCAGCUCAGAGGAAGAAAAAAAAGUUGAAGGAAAAAACAGAGAGGGUUUUGAUUGGCUGCUGCUGCAGAGAGGAACGAUUCAAAUCUGUUUGUGAAUGAGAUGCUUCAUUUGGAAAAUCUGUGUUUGAGUGCAGAUUAAUCUGCUCUUUAUUGAUCCGCAGCAGGAUUCCGUGAUGUAAUGUGAGGCAAGUGACAGAGAUGAGAUGUUAAGUAGGAUUUAAUAAUUAAAAUGACGAUUGCAUUAAAACAAAUCGGGGGGGAAAGAAAUCUGUUUUUCGUGUAAUAUUAAACCAGUGAGCAUAAAGGUAAAACAUGCAAACUUGUACAGUAAUGGAGAUGUAUUUUUUGCAUUUUAGAUACAUUUGGGUGAUUUCACCAAUAUGGUUUUACCUGCAACCUGUAAAUGUCAGUAAUAAGUCACAAGCGCCUGGCUGCAGACACAGCAGAGCUCUGUCAGUAUGUGUGCAACUGGAAAAUAAAUCUCUGCCUUGAUCUUUCCUGUUAUCAGAAAAUCAAGCAAUCUCCAGUGUGAGUCUUCGGGUCUUUUUCACAGGCUCUAAAAGUUAAAAGACUUUCAUAGUUGUGUGUUGUUAACCAAAACAUUUUCACCAGUUUGAAUAUUAUGAAGUGAUUAUUUUUUUAUAAGUACAGAUUGUGGAACAUGGCUGAUUUCAGUUAUUUUAAUAGAUUGCUAGAUGUUGGACAGUUUAAAGUGUUGUUUAUGUCGUUUUGUUUUGGAAAAAUUUGAAAAAGUCUUCAAACUUGUGAAAAGGAGAUGAACAAGUACAACAUUUACUGCUAAUAUUGCUUUAUAUCCUGAUACCAUCUGAGAUCUAAGUGGAAGUCUGAAGUAGUGAGAGAGUUUUCUACCAUUGUAUCUCUAACAUCCUUAAAUAUGUACUUUUUACUAUAAAUUUUAGAAAUCUCAAACAUGUCUGUGCUUCUUACAAUGAUGAUAAUAAUAUUUUUUGAUGUAUUAUUUUACACCUUUGGGCCUAUUGCUAAAGCUGAAAUAAUUUCUUGGUAACGGAUGAUUUUAAUCUGCUGGCAUCUAGAAAGUAAAAAAAAAAGAUUUUUAGCAAUAACAUAUUUGAUUUUUAUCAUUUGUAUCAUUAAAACACAUUCCCUGGCAUAUACUUUACCUUUUGCCCAGAAAUGCUCUGUAGUUCCAAAAUUGUAAAUAUCCUUUAAUUGUUUGUUUAUAUUGCAAUCAAGGUGUAGUGGAACUCCAAGCAAGUUCCUGCAAAUUAUAGAAUAACAGUGAAAUUUUCAUUAAGCUCCUUACACAUCAGUGCUUGUUAUUUAAUAUUUACAUGCACGUGAAAUUGAUGAUUAAAUUAGGACUGGAGUUGAGUAGACUUUUAAAACCUAAUGUUGCCUUUUGUGCAAGUUUUAACAAGAAUGUGAGUUGUAGGUUGAAGAAGAAGUGGUCUGCAGUGUUUGAUGUUUUAAUGGUGCCUUCACAUUCUUCAGUGACUCUGCUGUUUGGUUUUUCUUUGUCCGGCCUCACAUCAAACAUCUGGUCGAGCCCUGCUCCUCCUCCAUGUUUACUCUGACCACUUCUUUAUUUUCCUCCUUUUAACUCUGCUGCUCCUCACUCUGAUUCUGACUGCUCCAGUUCUCACAACAGAUACUGUAGUGAGAUAUGGCAGGUUGUUGUCUGAGUAUUUGAGAAGAUUUGAAAUAGUGGGAUUUUGUGUUUCAUUUAGUUGUUGUUUUUUCAUCUGUAACAGUUUGUUGGAAAUACCUGUGCAAAAUAAACCUAAAAUGUUUAAAUAGCGCCACAGUACAGUACAGCAAUUUCUACUUAUUCUCCAGGCCUCCAGGGAAUUGGAAGUUCUCUGAAAUCCCAGGAUAACCAGAGAGAGAUUGGUGAUUCCAGAGUUAUUUUUUAUCUUUUGACCCUCUCAGACCUGGCGGAUGUAGUUUUGGGAAUGUAAGUUUUCAGCUUGCUAGUCUUUGUCAGCGAGUGCUUGUCUGACAGAUUUGGGCUGCAAGUCCCUCUUAUACCUGAUAGUCUAAUUUCAGACAGGAAGUCCAAGUCUGGUUAUAGUCUGUUAGGAAGGAUCUGUUGAGUGUUCUUGGCUUGAAAGCCUAGUUAUUUCUUGGUUGGAUGAUUGCUGUCUGGUGGUCUCUGGCCAGUACACCUUAGUCAAGCAGGGCUACGCUUGGUAGACUCUGGACCAAGUAGCAAAGGCUUUAGAAGUUCACUGCAUGCCAAUCUCUAUCAAGUAGCUUCGGCCUGGAAGACCUUUGGUUCUCUCCUCUAUUUAUGUUAGAUUGUCUCAGUCUGGUUGUUCUUGGCAGUUGGUCUAAGUCAAGCAGUAUUUGUCAGGUAGCCUUUGUAAGGCAGACCUGGGUUGGGAGUGUCUGUCGCAUAGCCUGUUGGUCAUAGUCUGUUAGUUUCUGUACAGAGCACUCUUAUCAAGUGGUACACAGCUCGUAGGUCUUGGCCCCUCUAGUCUCGGUACCAGAACUGCAAAGUCUCGGAAGUUCUUGUUAUGGCAAGCUUCUUAAAGAUGUGCCUGUCUGAUAUCCUUGGUCAGUAAGUCUUUACAGCCUGGUAGUCCAAGUCUUGUUUUCAUCUUCGAGUGACUUGGUUCGACUGUGUCAUGUAGUAUUGGAUCUGUAAGCUAGACCUUCUUUGGGAAGGCUGUGUCUGGCAUUCUUGGUCUGGUAGUUUCAGUCAAGUAACCAUGGAUGGGGGGCCUGCUGUUUUAUCAGGUAAUCCAAGCCUGGCAGUCUUGGUCUUGUAGUUUGGUUCUAGUAGACACAGGUCAUAUAACCUUGACCCGAUAGUCUUGGGAUCAUGCAGUCUCAGCCUGUUAGUGCACAGCAUGAUAAUCUUUAUCUGGAAUCCCCUGCCUUCAAGCCAUUGUUCUAAAGUUUCUUGGCUUGGUGAUCUCAAGGUGUUCUUGUUUACAUGUCAGGUUGUCCUUGUCAAGUUGUAGACCUGGUCUAAGGGCCUCUGUAGGAUACUCUGUCUGACAUUCAGAUUCUAGUAUUCUCAUUCAGGUAAAUUAGACUUGAUAGCUUCUUGCUUGGGUAGUCUCAGAAUGCUCUACUUUUUAAAGUUGUUUUGAAGGUCCCUGGACCUUUAAGUCUUUGGCUUCCCACUUGGGAGGCACCAAAACUUCUUUUCGUCUAGUUGCUGUCAAGUCUUUUUGAUUAGAUGGUCUCUGCCAGUUGGUUCUGUCUUAGUCUGGGUGUCUGGUCCACGUUGUCUUCCUUGUCUUGGUACUGGGUCUUUGGUUGCAUGAAUCAGCUGGCUGCCGUGUACUGUCACUGCAGGAGUUCAUGGUUGUUGUUAGCACCGGCGGUUUUAUCUGUAAAGCAGAAUGUAUUUCUUGCAACAGAUGUAUUGAAUGAGAGGCUAGACAUGCUGAUGCAUAGUUCUAUUACAAAAAAACAAUUCAAUUUAAUGUCCUUAUGUGGUUUAAAAUUCAAAUAUGAAAGCUUUAUUAAUUUAUUGGUGGCCUUUUCAAGCAGAAUCUUUUAUUUUUAUACUUCUGUGAUAUGUCAUUCGGAAUAACAGCCUUUCUGAUAAGAAUAAUUAAACUCAGCAGGGGUUGCUCUUUACAAUAGCAAACAAUUAUACAAGUUCAGUUUGAAGGUAACACCUCAACUUUAAAAUCGUGUACUUUUAUUGAAAUUCAGACUAAGAAUUCAGACUAAUUAACAAGAGCGGAGCUGCUUUAUUCUGAAAACAGAACAGACUGAAUUCUGCAAAAUUAAAGCAAUUAACAUGUAUUUGUAUGAUUGUGUUUUAAGAUUUUUUAUUCAAAAUGAGGACAGUGCUCGUGUGUGACUUUCAUCUCAUUUUAAUAAUGUUCUCAUGACACCUCUUAGACCAAAUCUUAUUGAAAAAAUAGCAAAUACAACGCUACAAGGCUUUUAAAGAGGCUAAAUGUUCAAAACCAGAACAAUUGUAGAUACAUAAUAUUAACAAACUGAAAAUAAGUCUGUUUUCUUCUUCUCAUAAAAUUAAUUACUUUCUCACAUAGUUUAUUGAUUGCAGGUCUCGUCUGAUACUGUCUGUGAAUUCUACCUGCUCUUAUCUUCACCCUGCCCUCCCACCUGUCACACUGCAGCAUGUCUGUGUGUGUUCCUCCCCUUCACUCCCUCCAACCCCCUCCCCCCUUUUCUCUCCCCCGCCAAUCAAAUCCACCUCCACACCUUUAUUUUCCACUGCUCUCCUUUUUCAUCCUUCGUUUCAGACCUGAACAGGCAGCCGCCCUUCCCCCACUCCUCCCUCAGUGCUCCCUCCUCCACUCCCCUCCUUCCCCACAGCUACCCUAGUGUGCUUCUACCCUCCUCUACUGUCAGACUUUUAGUUUUUUUCUAUAAUGACAAAAAAUUUAAAAUACUCAUUUCAAAUAAAUGAAUGUGUUACGGUGCAUUGUGAAGUUAUGGUGGAAGACGUCUCAAAUAGAGGAUUUUCCCCUCUUUAUCUGUCCUGAAUUUGGUCUUUAGUCCAUCUCAAAGUCUUUUAAUAUGAUUUUAGAGCAUUUGCAGCUCCUAGAGAGGUGAAACCUGUGUGUGUAAGAAAGAGGUUUGUGCAGAUUAGCAUGGCUGCUGGCUGUAAUCUGUCACAGAUUACAGAUUAGCCCGUUAAAACUGUCACAGGUAUCGACUCACUUUAAUCACCUCUAGUCCUUAAGGAGCUAUUGAUCCCAUCCUAUACUCUGUGUGUGUGUGUGUGUGUGUGCGUGCUUGUGUAUGUGUGUGUGUGUGUGUGCUUGCAUACUUUAUUUCAGUGCUUGAGGCCCAGCAGACCUCCUCUUUGUCUAAUUAUUAGUAGACACACCUUUCAAAACAGGCUAAAAAAGUGGUUUAUUAAUGAAAUGAAAAUACAAAAUCAAACAUGAGAAAUACCUUGAUUAAAAUUAAAAGGGGCCAAAAUUACAACAUAACAAAAUAUGACAGAAAUAAGAAAGACUUCAAAUCAUAAUGAACCUGUCAAAGAUAUGAAAUAACAAAACAAGGUAGAUUUGAAAAAAAUGUCUAUGGAUCCAAUGAGAUCAGAUAAAUUGUGGUGCUCAUUUAAGUCUUACCACAGAGCCUUUCUUUGUAGUCUACACCUGCAGUGCAUACAGAUUAUAGUGUGAAAAUUAUUUGCAGAAGAUUUGUUUUCUUCGUUUUUGUUUUGUACCGUUAGAAAAAACAUCCUGUGGCUUGUGGUGCAGAUUGAACAUCACUCUGAACGUAGACAGCAAUGAAUGAUUACACCUGAGUAAGUUGAUAUGUGAUUAUUAGUUGAGUUUGCACAGUAGCGCUUCCCCUGUACUCUCCUGACUGAACACAGUGUGACAGGAGAAAGAGAAAACUUGGUUUGAAAGCAGGAAAUAGACUUGAAAAAAAUCAACAUUAUAAUACUAAUAUUACUUGUGUUCUUAAAGUUUGCAGUUUUCUUAAGCACUUAUCAAUACUGCAUUUGUUUGGUUAAAAAAUACAGUAUUUUUCAUACAACCAUUCAUGAUAUUGUUAGUUAUUCCUGCACUUACUGACCCAAGUAACAGCUGUCAGCGGCACAGUGUGUCUUUCCCCCUUUGCACACAGGCUGGUGAUGGCGGGUUACUAUGGAAACUUGAGGCCUUGUGUCUGUCUCACAAAAACUUUCUUUAAGAUCUUCAUUUUGCUGACUGACACAUACUAUGAUUUAUAGAAAAAGUUAUUGAAAAGGAUCUAAGCGGCUUCGAUUGCAACUACUAAAACUGAAGUAAUUGUAUUUAGUUGAAAAAGCAUUUGGCCACUACACUGUGUUUUUCAAGGCUACAAAUAAGUUUAUAAGCAUCAUCUUAUCAAUGAAUUAAGAUGAUGUAACUUGAGUGAUUAGCAGCUAAAUGCACAAAUAAAGGGGUCAUGUGUAAAAAAAAAAAUACAAGAGAGAAAAAAGAGUAAAUAAACGCCAGAACAUAAGUGAGCAUAAGUGUUUGCUGUUUUGGUUCUAUGCCUUGUAAGAUGUGAAUUUUUUUAAACAAGACGUAACAUGAUUGGUUUUACAGUCACAGUUUUGCUCUGAAAGAGUAAUAAAAGAAAAAGAAGAGAAGAACAUCUGCAGCCACAGAAAUAUGGGCAAAGUGUGGUGGAGGAUUAAUACUGUAUAUCAGUCAGCUAAAACAUAAAAUAUAUACUUGUUCAAGAGUUCAACAUGUGCGAGCUGCUCCCUGGGGGUGAAGUAUACAAAUGAGAACAUGUCUGAAUUGUUAUCUGUAUAACAGUCCAGUAGAGGGCACCGUAGUUGUGAUGAAGACUGGAGUCUCUCCCAGUUUAUUCUUCAUCUUUCCACCCUGUCAGCAGGUGCAGCGUCCUCCGUCAGAGCAUCACGUGAUGUCAGGAACAAACAGCAGAGAGUCAAUAUUAGACAGUCAGUAGCCUCUCUGCAACAUUAUUCACACAGACAGACUGCACACUGUCUUCUACGUCACUUCUUCUAUGACUUUAAUAAAUAGAUGAACCAGUGCAGAGCAUUUACUUCUGUUUAAUUAUUAGUCCAGACCAAAUGAACAGCUGUCAGGGAAGAAAAGUGCAUGUGAAAUUUCUUGCACUGGACUUUUAAAACAGUCAAGGUUAUUGUCUGAAGUGCCAGGCACUAGCUGCUUAAUAUCCUCAUUAUUUUUCAGUGAUGGUGCAGAAACCCGCAGUAUGAGCACUUUCACUGCUGUGAGACCAGCAGCUGUGGGUCUUUGUGGGUCUGUGACUUUUGAUGAAGCUGCUGGGUGGCAGCUGUAGGAGUUUGUUGAUCCUGUGGAGGAUUUACAGCCUGUCCUCUUUACUGUGUCAACAAAGGUGUGUCCUAAGCACCAGGUGGUGCAGGAACUACAACUACACCUUGCUCUUUGUUUUAACAGUAUGAAGAGCAAAAGAAAUUUCCUUUGUUAAGAUAAGAUGACAAGUAUUAGAAAAGUGAUUUUUUUGAUGUUUGAUAGUUAGACUUGAGGCCGUGUGAUAUGGUCAAAAAUUAUGAUGAAUUUUUCUCAACAGUCAGUAUCCAUAGUUAUCAAUACAAAUGUUAAAUCAUUUUUUUCUUCCUGAUUUAAAGGCUUAAUUUUGCUCUUAAGUGAAAGCUCCUAAAUGAAAGAAAUUCUGACAUCUCUCAUGGCAUGAGUGUACAUGUAUUUUUCAACAUUUAUUUAAUAAGGUGAUAAGUUAAUUUCAGCCAUUUUUUCCUAUUUGUUUUAAUUAUUAUUUACUUGUUGAAUCAGCAUAAUGUAUCAGCAAACGCCUGACAUUAUUGGUAUUGGCCACUGAAAAACCGAUAUUAGCCAGUCACAAAACUGAAGCUACAUUUGUAAGUCCUAUGCUUAUUUGGGACUGUCUUUUGGCUUUUGGUGUGUUCUGUCAGGCCAUAUUGUCCAUCAUGUUGGAAAAAGUUAUGGAAAAGUGGUUGUUAUUGACUGCUUUAGAUUACCCUGGUGUUCAUGAUUUCUUGAAUCUUGAUUUCUUGUGUCCAAGUUGACACUUACCAUUUACCAAACUUAGCUUACCCUUUCCUUUCUCUGUCUCCACAGUGAAACCUCAUUGGCUGCUGUGGUCCCUGCAGGCCCACCGUCUUCCAGGGUGGGCCUAGAAAGGCUGGACCGGCAGUGACGUCGCUCUAUGGCCUCCAUAGCCCCCCACAGCUGAAGAGCUAAGCCCCCCUCUCCUCCACCUCCCUAACAUCACUGUUCAUUGCUUUGUUGUGAACUGUGAUUCCCACCCGAACUGAAUUGCUUUAGAGUACUAUGGCAAUGCAUGAUAUGAGUCGUGCCAAGGGUUUCCCCUGUAAAGAUUGUGAUAUGGUUUGUCCGAGUACUCCAAGUCUUCUAGAGCAUAUGAAAGCACAUUAUCAGCAAGAAGAGACUGGUCGUUUUGAGUGUGAACAGUGUGGACGAAUUUACAAGCACGCCGCUAGCCUCGCUAAUCACAAAAAAUCUCAUGAAGUAGGAUCCUUCCAGUGUCCUGUUUGUACCCGUACCCUUCCUAACGCAGUUGCAUUAAAGAAUCACCUUCGUAUCCAUACUUUGUCUCCUAGUAGUGCGCACACGGAAGAAGAGAGCGAAGAAGUACCAGAAGAAGCGAGCCACGACGAGAGGGACUACAGUCUCGCCCAGGACCUCUCGGACGGGUUUGGGCGUUCUCAUUUGAAUAAUAGUGGUAUGGGACAUAGUGUCCUAGAAAGCCACCACUCAGACGAACACGGAAAAAAAGGUUCCCCGGAAUCUGACGACGCUUGGGACAGGCCGUUUAAGUGUGACCAGUGUGACAGAACGUAUCGGCACCACGGUAGCCUAGUGAACCACAAGAAGUGUCACCAGCAAGGAACUUUUAAGUGCUCUGUGUGUUUUAAACAAUACAGCAACCUGGCUGCCCUAAAUAGCCACGAGAGAACUCACUCGAAGUUCAAGACCCCUGGAGCAUCCAUGGUGAGCAGCAGCAGUAGCAGCAGCAGUGGCGCGCAGUCAUCCCAGAGUGACGACACUGCCUCCUGUUUCUGCCACUUAUGCCAGAUAGCGCUGCCGAAUAAAGCAGACUUCCAGGAGCACAUUCUGCUGCACAACACAGCCUCACCCUCCUUGGGACUACCACGCAGUUUCCCUGGCAUCAUGCCGCACAAUCUGAGUGCAGUUCGGUCCCCAGCAUACACCCCUGCUCUGGGGGACCCACUGCCUCUUCCACCCCUACCCAGUGAGAAACGAGGUCCCUAUGAUCCCAUAAUGGGUCCUCCAGUGAACAAUCCCAUUUACACAUGUGCAUACUGUGGCGCAGGACACCCGGAUCUGGAAACGUUAAAAGUCCACUAUCUUACUCAUGAUCCCCACCCUGCCUCCCAUAGCCAGGACAACUCCAUCCUGAACUCAGACACUCUAAGCUCUGGAUCACAGGGUUCGGUGUCCUCACCCUCAGGAGGCCGAGUGCCUCAGGCCAAUUCUCCAGAUGAUGGAGAGCGGCGCUUUAAAUGUGGAGAAUGUGGCAAAAGCUACCGACAUGCAGGGAGUCUAGUUAACCACAAACGCUGCCAUCAGACAGGCCACUACCAGUGCACCAUUUGCUGUAAGCAGUACCCUCACCUGGCAGCACUACACAGUCACCUAAGGAGCCACAAGGGACGUAGCUCAAACCAGCCUUUAAGUAAUGACAGUAAUGAUUGGCUGUCUCCAGAGCCCUUAACCCUGGACUCCCAGCAGAGUUAUGUCCAGGAAGGUAGCGGUGCAACAACUCCGAUAUCACUGCCAGGAAACCUUGGUGAUGCUGCCCAUUUUGUGCCAGAUGGCGGACACAGCAGUGGCCUGGACUCCCUGGAGUUCCAUGAUCGCUUUGACGGCAGCUCACUUUCCCAAAGUAACUCCUCUCAUCGUCAGGCUGAUAGACAUGUAUGUGCAGACUGUGGUGAGAUGUAUGGAGACGUAUCUGGUAUCAAAUCGCACAUGUGUCCCCGCCGCAGCCAGCAGCCCCAGCAGCAGGGCACCAUGUCAAACGGUUUCAUGGGGAACAUGAACUACCACAACUCGAGUGGGACGUCGCUGCCUGCCGGCAGCUCCAGUAACCUAAAAGAAGGAAGCAGCCAACGGCAGUACUCGCAGAGUGGAGGAAAGAGAAUGGGUAGUAAUGACAAAGAUGAUGAUGAUGAUGGAGAGGUGUAUCAAUGCUCGGUUUGCGGAAACCACUACGCAAGUCUCAGAGCUCUCAGGAGUCACCUGCGUAGCCAUGCCAAUAACCCAACAGGACCAGGACCUUCCAACCUGGAGCAGGAAUGGAGGAUGAUCUGCUCCACCUGUGGUCAGAGCUUCUCCAGAAAGCAGGAUCUCCUGAAUCACCAGUUAAUCCAUGGCCCUCAAAGGGGAGAUGGACAACAGGGGGGCAUUGGAGGCAGUUCCGCUAAUGGCAACAACAAAAUGGAUGGGCGCAAUCAUAUUUGUGUUGACUGUGGCAUGUUUUUCGCUGACCGGCACCACCUAAUCACCCACCUGUGCCCUGGUAAGAAUCGGGGCAAUUCAAUGAACAAGCAGGGCCUUAAUGGAGCAAAAGGGAUGUCUGGAGGAGAUGGAGUUGCUGGGGGAAGUGGUGAUGUCAGUGGAGAUGGUCGUAGACCCAUGGUUGACCAAAGUGACAAGCCACACAAAUGUGACCAAUGUGGACGAGGAUACCGACACCCCUGCUCACUCCUUAACCACAAGAAGUCUCAUAAAACUGGUGUCUUCCGUUGCUUGGUGUGCCAGAAACGCUACUACAACCUUCUGGCUCUCAAGAACCACCAAAGGACCCACUUUGAUCUGAAAAGGUAGGUUUCAAAUUCUAGACUUUGAGGUUUGCAUGCCUUGAUCAGCUUUGUUUGGCUUUACUGGAUUUUAUCAGAAUCAACCUCAGUUUUUCAGAUUCAUUUCUAAGUGCUUUCUUUACCUCUGCUCAUUCUCACUGCAGGCACAAGUGCGAAGAAUGUGGCAAAGCUUUCAAGAUCCAAAAGCAGCUGAUCAACCAUCUCCGUCUUCACGAGGAGCAUCGGGCCAAAGGGCUUGUUCGGACGGGUCCAAAUGGCGCCCGCUUCCAGCAGCCUGGUCCGUCACAGUUGCAGAGUAUGGGCGGAGAGACAUCAAAAAGCCAGGUGAUGGGUAUGAAAUACAGCCACCAAGGAUUCAAAAAGCCCUACUCUUCCGCUGGAACUUCCAGGCCUCAGAAGUUUGAUCCAGCUGAAACUGGACGGCGGCCUUUCUCCUGUGAAGAAUGUGGAAAAACGUAUCGCCAUGCGGGCAGCCUGGCUAAUCACAAGAACCUUCACAAAAUUGGGGAAUAUCACUGCAAUGUUUGCAACUCAACAUACCCCAACAGGCUGGCAAUGAAAAACCACCUACGUCUUCACUUUGCCCAGAAGAAGCACAACUGCCAAGAGUGUGGCAAAGGCUUCCGUACUCAGAGACAGCUAGCUACCCACACUACAGCAGGCCUUUGCAAGGGUCCGCAAGGCCCCGGGGCUCAGAUGGACUUUGAGUGUGAUGGCUGCUGUGAAGGCUUUUCCACGGCCGAUGAGCUAGCAGCCCAUGACUGCCCGGCCCAGCACCUGCCUUCAUCCUCCUCCACCAACAGCUCUACCAACAUCAGCAUGGAGAGAAGCUCUGUGGAUCUGGACUCUGAUGAGAGACCCUAUGCCUGUGACCUGUGUAGUUGUGCCUACAAACAUGCAAGCUCCUUGCUAAACCACAAGCACACCCACAAGACAGGCAACUUCCGGUGCAAUUUCUGUGACAAGCCCUACACCAACUACAUGGCCCUGCGCAAUCAUAUGCGUAUCCACACGCAGAGGAAGAAGCACAUCUGCCACACAUGUGGGAAGGCCUUCCGUCUGGCCAGGUUCCUCCGCAACCACCAGAAGGUCCACGAGGAGGGCGCCACCCCCUUCGGCUGCCCCACCUGCGGCAAGAGUUUCCAGGGGAGGUCCGGUCUGGCCAGGCACCGCUGCGGGGACAACCAGGUAGGCAUGGAAGUCAGGAGGAAGCCCGCUGCACCCACGGGAGAGGGAGAAGAGUGUCGGUACACGUGAGUUCUCGUCAGUUGUUUGUGAUUCUUCGAAGUUGAAAAAAAAAAUAGUGAAGAUAAAUUUAGGUCUCUACAUGUCUAUUACAGGUAUAUGAUCUCCAAUCCGGCUUCCUUGGGACCAUUCGCGUGCCGGAAUUCGGAUUUUUCUGAAGUUUGGACAAAUUGAAUUAGUGGAGAGACCAGAUAAGUCAACCCUGUUUGCUUUCAGUUAGAAUAUCUCACACACUUGAGUUUUUCAGGCUACCUACAAUCAACAUGUCAUGUUCAGAUGUUUUGUUUUUAUGCUUUGUUUUCUCAGAAAACUUUGACACAGAUAAAAGUAGUGUGUAGCAUAUUGGCAAAAUAUAACGUGUUGAUGUUGUGUGUUCCUUGCUCUUGUUAUGAUUUUGAUUGUAGUCUUUGCUUUGUUUGUGUGUGUUCUCUUCGGGUGCUAGACAUACUGGCUAAUUAUUUGACUAGAAAAUGCAGUUAUGUGAAGAGGCUUUUGCAUUGUGUUGUCUUGGCAAACUGAAAUCACAGGGAAGAUUAGGAAGUAUUUGGAGCUAGCUGCACUGCACAUGUCAAAAGGUUAAAACCCUUACUAGCCAAAGGAUUAUUUCAUUCAGCACAGCGGCUGAAUGCGGCUGCAAGCAACUACAGUUUGGCUUGGUAUCGGUCACUAAGGCAUGUCUGAUUGAUUUUCCAGCACUGCAGAUUUUACAAAUUAACCCACAGAAAGCUGUGAAUGAAGGUCUGUAAAGCAGUUCCAGAUGUGAAAGGAGCUGUUUGAAGCUUGUGUUCAUUUGUGCAGUGCAGGAAGCAGCAGAUACCUUCCAGCUCCCUACAUGAACCCCAGCUGUUUGUCCACAAUUUCUUUUCCCAUGUCCCCCUCCCCCACCCAGCAGUCCUCUCCCCACGACCUACGUAGAAAUCAGAACUUUAAAUGGUACACCACUUUGUAAUAGUCUUCUUUAAAGCUUUAAGCCGGAUUUCAGAUCAUAUACCUGUAUGUGCAACAUCUUAGAUGAUGAGUAGAUAACCAAUUCUUAAAAGUGGUAACCAGUAAUUGAGCGUACACUAAUUUGGCUAGAAAAGUGAAAACAGGAAUGACACCAUCUCCUGAUACUAAUCUCCUGUGUCCUUUCCUUCUUUCCUUGCCCCACUCCCCGUCCUCCCCUCUUGUUUUUUCUUGUUUGUCUCUGCACAGAUGUGAUCAGUGCGGUCGCUCCUACCGCCAUGCCAGCUCCCUCCUUAACCACAAGAACACCCACACUGUCGGCAUCUACCACUGCGCUGUGUGCCUCAAGACCUACUCCAACUUACUUGCCCUGAAGAACCAUCGCCGUAUCCACUCUGAGACACGGCGCCACCGUUGCCAUGACUGCGGCAAGGCCUUUCGUGUCUCCUCCCAGCUCUACAACCACAGACGUGUCCACCAGAAGCAGCGGGAGCUGACUUGCCGGUCCUGCCAGCGAGCCUUCCCCACGCAUGCCAGCUUCAGGCUCCACAUGGAGAUCACCCACGGACAGGCUCCACAGCCCCGCCAGCCCAGACCCCAGCAGCCCCGACCGGGAGGCUCCCAGGAGCUGGGCUGGGGGUCCGGCUUGGACCUCACCUUGAUGCAAGAGCAAGGACUCAACCCUAGUAGCAUGACCAAAGCCCGCAGCCGAGGGGGCACCAGUGAGGUCCUAAAGCCCCACGUCUGCAACCAGUGUGGGCGCUCGUACCGCCAUGCCAGCUCCCUGCUCAACCACAAGAACAGCCACAAGACUGGGACAUACUUCUGCAACUCUUGCCAGAAGGAGUUCCCCAACCUGAUGUCCCUGAAGAACCACCGACGGAUCCACACCGAGCCCAAACGCUACCAGUGCCCCGACUGCGGCAAGUCCUUCCGGGUGUCCACUCAGCUCAUCUGCCACCGGCGAAUCCACACCAAGGAGAAGCCGUUUUCCUGCCAGCAGUGUGACAAACGCUUCUCGUCCAAGUCCAACCUGAGGCACCAUAUGAAGGUGCACUGGAGCUCCACGGCGCCCCCUCCCAUGGCUAUGGGUGCGCCCAACUUCCUGGGUAUGCCCGGCGGCCCCUUCAUAUAAGUUAAGGGAUGAGGGAGGGGGGAUGUGGGUGAGACAUGGGGAGGGGGGAGGGGGGGCAGUCACAUGCCAAGGUUUCUGGAGGUGCCAAAACGUAGCUCUUCCUCCUGCUCACCCUCCUCUUCCUCAUGUUCAUGUGUGUGUGUGUGUUGAGUAUGUGUGACAGACAGGGCCCGUAGACUCACAGAAAGAGUGGGAGAGAGGACAUGAAACGGACGCCACACACACAUCACACACGCACACAGGACAGGACAGGACAGGACAGGAAAUGGGGGACGUGCAUACACACACACUCCUCCAGAGGCUUCAUGGCGGGCGUUGAGACAAGGCUGUGGUUGUAGAUCAGUCUGACUGACUUACACGAACUGUGCACAGACGUGUUGUGGUUUGAACUGUAUAAACUACAUGAACUGUACUACACCUGCCUUACUUCCUGCUGCAUGUCGCCUGUACUGCUCUGUGAACCUGUGGACCUUGAAGCCUCGCUCAGCUGCACAGACUGUUUUGUUGGAGUUCACUCACGCUGAUGAGUCCGGCUGUAGAGACUGUUGAUUGACAGACUGAGUGUCGGCAGAGCUGCUGUGAGGGUCCAGAUAAAGGCGUGAGGAAGUCAGCUGCUUGUUUUCCAGUAAUGAGCCAUCUUGGUCAUUAAAACCUGGAAGCUAAUUGGUCCGUUGCUGCAGUUGGUUUCCUGUCUCCCCACCCCCAUCCUGGUUUCAGAGGAGUUUUGUCUUGAUGGACUCUUCUCUCGUGGCCUUUGUCACAAUGUUUUUAAUCCAUAUUCUGACUGAGUCGGUCUCAACAAGGUUCAAACUGUUUUAUUUAUGUGUGACCAACAUGUAGUGGAUGUUCUGCUAAAGGGAGAGCGGGUUUAUUUUUCCUUUUUGUACCUUUAUGGCUUUGCAGGAGACAGAAAAGACUUCUCUGAGCUGUUAGGGCUGCAGACGGGUUAUUAAAGUCCUGUUUCAGUGUGUGCAUGUCCUGCAGCACUAUCGUGAUCUUUAUGUUCUUGUAGCUCUCAAACAUCCCUCGUUUACACACACAGAUUCAGCCACAGCAGGAGUUUAUUGAUGUGUUAAUUGUAAAAAGUUCAUUUCCAAACUCAGCUUAUUGCUAAUUUCCUGUCCAUCGUAAAGGACCUUGAGUCUCCAACCAAAGCUUGAGGCCCUCCUUCAGAGCAGCUCAUGGCCUUCAUUAAUAACUGGAUCUUGAUUAGCUUUUUUAGAGCUAAAAAACAGCAACUUAUUUAAAUUUCAGCAAGCAAGUACAUAAAAAUCACAAAUCACUCCAGAUGGUGUAAUGAAGCUGGUACCACAGCUCAGAAAAAAAGAAUACACUGAUGAAGAAUAGUGAAGCGCUUCAGAAUAAAUGAUAAUUGUUAAUGAGGGGUUAUCAAGUCGAUACAACUGCAACUGAGACGUGUUCAGACCAUAAUAAAGCAAGUUUUAAAUUUGUUGUGACUGGGAGUGCAGUCGGGUCACACCCUCUAACUCAGGUGCACUCAGUCACAUCAGAUUGGAAAACCAAACUCCAUUCACUAAAGAGGCAACUUAAGAGCUACCUGCUUGUUGUCAAGCAUGACAAAUGUUUUUCAGCAGGUUUUUAAUCUGAAAACUUCCAUUAAAUUUUUGUAAAUUUCAGUUUUCUUUGCCGAUGGCACCAGAAGGGAUGAUAUUAACAGUUUUAUUUUAACCAGUCCAAAUCGACACAAAUAGUUACAAAUAACUUUGGAAAUAUAAAGCUUUGGAAAUAAAACAGAAUUUGUGCUGUUUUUAACCAAAAAUUCCCAGGAAAAAGCCGAAGGGGUUGAUUUGACACAGACAAAGUAAAGAAAAUGACAAAUAAGACUUCAUUUUCUGGUUAAUUCCUAUAUGCUCUUUAAAAAACUCAACUUGGCAAAUUGUUCUCACUCAUGUGCUAAUUUUUUUAUGUGCAACGUAUAACGAUGCAAACGUUAAUUUAAAUCUGUUAUAGAGAGAAGAGGAGAGAGACAGUGAGGAUCUCUGUUUACUUACCGUUAAUCCCAACCCUGAGUCUGAUGACAGAGCUUUUAGUAACUAACGUCCACUAUACAUCCAAAAAAAGUAAACUGUUAAAUACGGAGAGCACAGUCUGCAGACAGACACUCCACAACACACCUCUUACGCCUCUUUUGUGUAAUAGAUGCUAACUCAGAGGAAAUAUUUCACUGUGGUGACUUUAUUUUCAGGGAAAUCUUAUUUAUUUUGCAUUUUAUCAGACUGUUAUACAUUAAAAGUGAAAUGUUGGUAGAGAUAAUUAACAUUUUCUGUACCAGCUCAAAGUGCAGGCUAAAAGUUUAAAAAAAUAUAUGCAACCCUGUUUCUCCUAAGAGUUUGGAGGCUGUAAAAAUGUUAGUAAAAGCUGAGUUUGACGGUGUACAAAUCCUUUGAAGCCUAAAUUUAACUGAAAAUAGUGCAUAGAAAAUACAUAUGAGAAAAUCUUGUUUCACAAAAAUACCUGCUCAUUUUAAAUCUGACCCAGCAACAUGUGAUAUAGAAAGUUGUUUGAGGAACAACCAAACAGGUCUCUCUCUCUAAGAGAGAAUAGUUGAACAAUUUCAGAAUUACUUUCCUGUGUGUAAAAUGUAAAAGAAUUAGUGGAAAUCAUUAUUAAUAUUACCACUAUUAUAAGAAGUUUUAGAGUACAGAUCCUAGAGAUCUGACAUUUUUUUUGUAUACCAUGGAUGCAGUAUUCUUGGCCAACAUUUUCCUCAGUAUCCAGACCCCUUUUGGCCUUAAAUGAAGCAGUUUUAAGUGAUCAGGAGUUAUUUUGUCACUGAUAUCUAAAAUGUUUGACUUUUACUGGUAUCUAUCAAAAAUCCAAAUCUGCUAUUGUAACGUUUUCCAAGUUUGGUGACUUAUUGAAUCUUUCGGUCCCAAUUUCCCACGUUUGCUACCCCGUCACUUCAGCUGUCUGUCUGUCUGUGUGUGAGAACGAGGCAUCACUCCUGAGUUCUUGGUAUCUGUAGCGUCCCGCCAAGCCCUGAUCUGUCUCAAACAUGCAGCUGGACUCGGCUGAAGGCUGAAAAAGGAGAAAGAAACCACGCUGAAAGAAAAAGCAGGAGGAGUGAAGGGAGAGAGGUGUAAAUUGAUGGUUCUGUUUGUAUCGUAUCGUAUCUGACUGUAUUCUCUGCAGAGCCUCUUUUAUAAGGAGAAAAGACGACACAUCAUUGUAGUAAUGCAUUUAUUUAUAUUAUUAUUAUUACUAUUAACACUUGUAAUGGACGGCGCUAGUCUUUAGGAUGUGUGAGUUUAGAGCUGUGUUGAUGUAACCCCUCCUUUUACCCACAAUGCCCCUGUUCUGUGGAGACGACGGACUCUCUGAGACUCUGCGAACAUUUAUGGAACUGUACACGAUGGAAAGUGUUUUUCUUGCCUUUUACCAAGUGAUGUUGUGACGGUUUUUCUCAGUCCAGCCUUCCCAUCAUCCCUCUCUGUCAUAUUUAUCACCACCAAGUUUGACCCCUCCUUCUGCCUCAGUGUCCGCCCCCCUUUUUUCCUGAUUCACAAAGUCAAACUCACAUUAAAAGGGACGACUCGUUGACGCUCCUCUUAGGGGAGUGAGUGCAUUAAGUCCUCAUCAUUUGAACCUUUUUUAUGUUACACUUUUAUGGUAACCUCUUGUAUUUAUUGGUGUUAUUUUUUCCUCAUAUUUAAUUGCGUUUUAUGACUAUUUGAAAGCCUCUGUGUGUGUUUUAAACCACAGUUUGUCAGCGUUUUCAGGAGCACUGGUGCUAGUUGAAAAAAAAAGAAAAAGUCAAAGCCGUGCAGUGACCGUCAAGUGCUGUAGGAGUCGAUGUGAUCUUGAUCUAGAACACAGAAAUAAUAACUGUACAUUCUCGACUUUAUUUUUGCAUUUUCCUCCUCCACCAUGUUUGACUUUGCUUUCUGAGUGCACACUUUCCCGCCUGCAUUUCAAGUAGAUUUAGAGAGAAGAAGAAGAAGAAAAGAUUGGUUUGGAACAACUAUAACCCUUUUUUUUUGUUUUUGAGUUCUAACAUUUUGUUUCCAUGCAUAUAUAUGUAAUGCUUACUAUACACUUUUAUAAACUAUGUUUUGAUAAUUCAUUUCUUAACAGAAAAACUUGUCCAUAUACUAUAACCCUUACUGCUGAGUACUGAAAAUAAAUAGCUGAAAACAAACCCAGCUGAGGUCAGUGUUUUCAAUCCAUCCAUCUUCCACACUUCCUUCACUUUGAGGUGGUUUUAUCAGGAUCACCUGUACCUGUUGGAUGCAGACUGAUGUAACAGAUCAACAUUUUUCAAACCCCACACUGUCAGAGAGAUGUUUAAGGGCUAAAACUGAGAUUUACAAAGCUGGACUUAAACAGAUUUCUCCUCCUGCAGCAGGUAAAACAGCAAUAUGUGCAUCAAAAUCUUUGAACACCUAAAGACAAAAACUAUCAUCACAUUUCUGCCUCCAGAUGAUACUGAACAAUCACAUCCCUGAUCCACAUUUCAUUAAAGGCAACUUUAAUGUCUUUUAAUUUGUAAUUGCUGACCAGAAAUAAAAGAGCAUUGCUGACCAAAAUAAAAGUAUAGCUUUUAACAUAUAUGAACAAAGUUUAAAAUAUUUCCACAUAUAUAAAAUACAUUAAAAGUAAUGAGCAUUUACAUUUUCCACAAGAAACUGAAAAAGAAAGGCAUGAUUUUUGAUGCUCAGGUAUUUUCUGAGGUCAGUUUAAAAAGAUAUUAGGUUCAUUAUGCAUUAGAUACUUUUAACGCAUACUAUUAAAAAAUACUAUUUAAAAAAUGGCCAUACUUCUGCUUUUCAAAAUAAAAGCCCCAUCUCUUUUUCUGUUAGGACGCCCCUGUUUUUGCUGUCAUUUUAAUUGGAAAGUAUUUUCGAUAAAUGAAGUAACCUUCAUAGGUCUUUAUUAGAGCUGAAGGUGGACUUUAGCUGUACAAAAAUGUCAUGAAUCCCACUGGCUGCAGGUAAGCGAUGUUAAUAAUUGGAUAACAUCAGGUUACAGAAAAUAUUUCUUCUGUGAUCUCUCUCUCUCUCUCUCUCUCUCCCUCUCUUUGCAGCAUCUCUGUAUCCUUCUCUCUGCUCAACUGGUGUCUGUCCAGAAAUUAAACACCUGAUUUUAUACCUCAGAGAUCUUGUAACACUAAAAGUAUUCCCUGAUAUGAAUAAAAACAGAUGUUGUAACAUAACAUUUACACUGCAUAAAUACAGCUCACAUGUUGCCAGUGUGGUUUGUGACAUUUUUUUUUUCAAGAGAGCCAAAUGAAGAGCAAUGCAAGUGACUUAAUUUUCCAAAUGACUGCUCUGGAUGUCAAUCUAACCAGGACUGGAGUUUAAGGUAGACAGACGUAAGCGGCAAAUGUUACAAACUAAAGGCCAAAACUAAAGUCUUAAAGGGAUAGUUCAGACGAUUUAAAGUUAGUUUAUGAGGUUCUUCAUGUACGGCAUGCAGCUCUGUUACUAACGACGCCACAUGAAUAUGUACUGUAUACUAGGACUGUUUUUAGCCACAGACUGAUCUUUAUUUACUGUAGAUACAGAUCACUGAGACAUAAUGCUGACUCAGCUCUGACUGUGGUUAUUCAGCAGUUAAAAAUCCAGACAAAAAGAUACAGUAAAUCACAACAAAAUAUGAUCAAAAUAUACAUAUAAUGUGCAGUCUUCUUGAAUUUUGUGUAAAUCUGAUACAUGGAAAUGAGAUAAACCACAGAAAAGUAGAGCUCUGUAUUAACUUUACCUUAUUUACCACAAUAUUCACCUCCAACUAUAAGAAAAACCGACUAUCAAUAAAUUAUCAACCUUCAGCCUGUUACGUGUAAUGUUCAUGAGAAAAACAGCUGCAUUUGUUUUAGGCAGGAAUUUCUUAUAUGUUAGAAGGAUAGACCAAAAUCAGCAGAGAUGUCUCCUUAUGUUCUAAAAAAGCAAAUAAGACUAUCAGAGGGAGUCAGAUUGUUCAAAGAAAACGGCAAAAACAACACUUUUUUACAGCUAAUACUGUGAAUGAAACAUUUGACUCUACAAAUAAACCAGAAUGAUUUAUGUACAUAUACAUACACAUACAUAAACACACACACACAGGAUAAUAUAUGAUUUCAGAAAAGACAGAGGAGACCCAGCUUUCUCCACAGCAGCUGACACAAUGUCGUAGUAGUGAUAGUUAUGGUCUAACACUGUCUUCAUUUUCUACAUCAUACUGUUGUUAUUUUGCCAAAAUUAAACCCAUUAUUGCUUUUCACCAUGAUAGUUGUUUCUGUUUUCAUCACUAUCAUUUGUUAUCAUUGUUUUAACUAAUAUCAUUAUUAUUUUUCUAUCCUUUUAGAUCAGCUUAUUUUCUUCAUAUUAUUAUAAUUAUCACUAUUUUUAAAAAUUUAAAUCUUUAUGAUUACUCUCAAUAUCAUUAUCAUUACCAUCAUCACUGGUACACUUGUUAUCAUAAAUAUCAUAGUAAUCGUUAUCGUCAUUUUACCUAUUAUUCUUAUUACCACCUUCAUUACAAGCAUCUUCACCUUUUCUUCCUCAUAUCUUUAUCUGACUGAUAGAUCAUUUUUGCUUGUUAUUCCAUUAACCUUAUUACUAUAAUUUUGAUUAUCAUCAUCAUCAUUUUCACCUCAUAAUUAUCAUUUUGACCAUUUUUUAAAUUAUCAUCAACAUUUAUAAUUUGAUCAUGACACCCUAUAUCAUUAUCAUCACCAUGACUAUAAUGUGUUCAUUAUUACACAAUUUUAAUAGUUAUUAUUAUUAUUAUUAUUAUUAUUAUUAUCACCACCACCAUGAUUAUCGUCAGUUAUAUUUUUAUAAUUUUUUUAAACUGCUUAUUUUCGUUGUCAUCAAUUUCAUAAUCACCAUUAUUUUUAUCAUUCUAAUUACUCUCGUGUCAUUGAUUUUUGCUGCAGAAUUAUGUUAAAAGUGUCAUUAUCUUUUUUAAUUUCAAGAUUUCUUUAUAACUUCUUAUAGCUUUACAUGAGCAGGAUGCUUUGUUGUCACUGUAGUUUGGUUUGUUCAGCGACUGUUGUUUUUCUGUUUUAAUAACAAUAACAUGAAAAUCUUUUUCAAUUAAAUUAAAUAAGAAUUUUGGUAAGUUUUAAAAAAAAUCACUUUCUUUUGUUGAGAACAUCUUAUUAAAAUGUGAUCACAGGAUUGUUUAUGACUCCAGGUUCUUUCAGAAUGAUCUUGUUUUGUUGAAAAAAGAAAUCUGAUCUAUAAUCGUCAGAGAUGAAAUACACUGAUUUAUUUCUGUAAACACAGUGAACAGAUUUGGUUUUCUUGUUACUGUAAAAAGCUUUUUCUAAAGAUGAUAAAUAUAUAAAGUCUUUUUUGUAAUUGUUGGAAAGACGUGACACUGGGGGUCUGACCUUAAAACUGUGACCUCUUAAUGUUGUUUGUGGGGUCACUAUUUGUGUUAUUUUUCGUUAUUUAUAUAGUUGUUUAUUUUUUUAUAUUGUUUGUUAGUAUUGGUGUCAUUUUUCAUUUUGUUGUAUGAUUAUUUUAUGAAAUUUGUGUGUUAUGAUUGUGUUGCACCCUCUCGUCCUCUCUGUAAACCUCUCUGAUUGGUUGCAAAGAGCUCAGCGAUCCCCCCAAACUAAGUGGACUUGAACUGAUGGGCUCUGGAGGUCUGCAGGUGGACGUUUGGGUUCUGGUUAAAGGGGGUCUUUAUUUUUAGACGCUGCCGUCAAUCAUGUGUCAGAUCAGCUGUGAAUCACUUCCUGCUUGUGUAACAUUCUUGCUGCCCUCCAUCUGAACUAAAUCCUGCUGUUUGUCUCCUCAGAUCUGAGCCCCGCAAGUUCGACCGGCAGCACCCGAAGCUUUGUCUGCACGCAGUGUGGGCGCUCGUACCGCCACGCCAGCUCCCUGCUCAACCAUAAGAACAGCCACAAGACUGGGACCUACUUCUGCACCUCCUGCCAGAAGGAGUUCCCCAACCUGAUGUCCUUGAAGAACCACAGGCGAAUCCACACCGAGCCCAAACGCUACCAGUGCCCUGAUUGCGGCAAGUCCUUCCGAGUGUCCACGGCGCUCGUCUGCCACCGGCGAAUCCACACCAAGGAGAAGCCGUUUUCCUGCCAGCAGUGCGAAAAACGCUUCUCAUCCAGAUCCAACUUGAGGCACCACAUGAAGGUGCACUGGAGGGGUCCGCCGUCGUCCAGAGGGAGGUCCUCCGCCUUCCUGUCCGUCUCCUCUAGAUCUUUCAUUUAG